AUGACAGCAAGAUUAGCGAAAACCACAAUUAAAUGCUGCUCAACAGGUCUCAUCCAUAUUAAUCGCCGAAAGAAAAAGGUGAUAUCGACGACUUGUGGACCGUUGUUAUCCCCUCUGGGGACGCGGGAAAACAAGGAUUGCGUCGAGGGAAUCCGUGAAAGGGCGGAGCGGAUAUCAUCGGGCGCGGGCACGGAGUACACGUUUCUUAAGUCUUCCUCUACCCAGUCAACCAUCCAUUUAUCAGCUGAGAGCACAACAAACAAGACUCGUCUUCCUAGAUUUCUUUCUAUAUCACCAAACAUUAUUACCAGUGUCAUGAAUGCAAGGCAGCCAUCCUCCCUCUCUUCCGAGCUUAAUUCUCAUAUUUGUAACCAACCCACGGCCAAGAAACGCAAUGAUUCACCCGUCCCACCGGGAUCAGUUCCUCGUUCUUGCCCUAUCAUCACCGACAUGCAGAUAGACGUCAUAGACCAGCAGCAACAGCCCUCAGCCUUAAUCUCCUCGGAUCUAUGUGAGGUUUCAGGAUUGAGAUGUGACAAGAGCCGCAAGAUAAGGGUAGCCAAUAAAAAACUGAAAACUUCAAUUAUCUUCUAG